ACGCGAGGCUCCAUGCUCUGCAACUCUGCCGUUCUUACCGCCGUCCCUUGCUUCUCCGGCGACCAUGGCGGCCUUUCAUCUUACCACUGCCCUGUUCCUCCUCCUCCUCCUCUUUCCCCACUCUUCUCUCGCUGACCACGACUACGGCGACGCCCUCCGCAAGUGCAUUCUCUUCUUCGAGGGUCAACGCUCCGGCAAGCUCCCGCCCUCCCAGCGUCUCAGCUGGCGCCGUGACUCCGCACUCAGAGAUGGCUCUCUCGCCGGUGUAGACUUGAGUGGCGGCUACUACGACGCGGGGGACAACGUGAAAUUCGGUUUCCCGAUGGCUUUCACCGGGACGCUUCUCUCCUGGGGCAUCAUCGACUUCGGGCGCAACAUGGGCUCGGAGCUCGAGCACGCCCUCUCGGCCGUCCGGUGGGCGACGGAUUACCUCCUGAAGGCGACGGCGGUGCCGGGGACGGUGUACGUGCAGGUCGGCGACGCGGUGGCGGACCACAACUGCUGGGAGAGGCCGGAAGACAUGGACACGCCCCGUACGGUCUACAAGGUCGACAAAGAGCACCCGGGCUCGGACGUCGCCGGCGAGACGGCAGCGGCCCUCGCUGCCGCCUCCAUCGUUUUCCGGUCCCGCGACCCUUCGUAUUCUCGGACUCUGCUUCAGAGAGCCGUUAGCGUUUUCGAGUUUGCGGAUAAAUACCGCGGGGCAUACAGCAACAGCCUGCAUGACGUCGUCUGCCCGUUUUACUGUAGCUUUGACGGCUACCAGGACGAGCUGCUGUGGGCGGCGGCGUGGCUGCACAAGGCGUCGGAGGACCGAACCUACCGGGAAUACAUCAAGACGAACGAGAGGGUGCUGGGUGCGGACGAGACCAUUAACGAGUUCGGUUGGGACAACAAGCACGCCGGCAUCAACGUCCUCAUCUCCAAGGAGGUGUUGAUGGGCAAUGCGCAUUACCUGGAGUCUUUCAAGCUAAAUGCAGACAACUUCAUCUGUUCCCUGCUGCCGGGGACAUCCCAUCCUCACAUCGAGUACUCUCCAGGCGGGUUGAUAUUCAAGGUCGGGGGGAGCAACAUGCAGCACGUAACCUCGCUCUCCUUCUUGCUGCUGACUUAUUCCAACUACUUGAGCCACUCCAAUCACGUGGUGCCAUGUGGCAAGGUUUCGGCCACGCCAGCCCACCUCAAGCAAAUAGCAAAGCAACAGGUGGAUUACAUACUAGGAGAUAAUCCCAUGAAGAUGUCAUACAUGGUGGGAUACGGCGAGCACUAUCCCCAGCGGAUUCACCAUAGGGGCAGCUCUCUACCUUCCGUCUCGGCUCACCCGGCACGUAUCGGCUGCAAGGCCGGUUCCCGCUACUUCUUCAGCCCUCGGCCGAACCCGAACCUGUUGGUGGGCGCGGUCGUGGGCGGCCCCAACACCACGGACCUCUUCCCAGACUCGAGGCCCUUCUUCCAGGAGAGCGAGCCCACGACCUACAUCAAUGCGCCGCUGGUGGGCCUACUCGCUCAUUUCUGGGCUCAUCCUGACCCAAAGGAAUUUGGUGAGCUUGGUUGAGAAAUGCGACGCAUUUUAAUAUGUUCAUACUCGAGAAAGAUAUGAUUCUUGUAACUAAUUGGAAUUGGUGCCUUUGGUCGUUACUAGUGCCUUUGUUGUUAUCAUCAAUUGUAUUAUUUAUAGUUUAUUUGAAAUCAAUUAUAUGAGAGUUUGGACGA